AUGCUCAUCAUCUUCACAUCUAGUGCAGCCAUACGUACCAAUGGACGUCAUUCAUUUGAUGGCAUGGAAGACGACAGAUAUCAUCCAUUUGAUUUAUUUCAUAUGGAUGACAAACUAGACGAUGGAUCAAUGGAUAAUAAUUAUAAUUCAUGGAAAUUCCCCGACGGAAUUAUGCUAGACAAACGUGCACGCUUACCGAGCGAAGCAAUUUUGCUUGGUAAACGACGCGUACCCGCAGAGGCCGUGUUAUUAGGUCGUCGAGAUCUACCAAAUGAAGGAAUUUUAUUAGGUCGUUAA